AUGGUAUCAUUGGGUAUGGAAGGUGGAAUGGUAUGGUAUGGUAUGGUAAAUGGUAUCAUUGGGUAUGGAAGGUGGAAUGGUAUGGUAUGGUAUGGUAAAUGGUAUCAUUGGGUAUGGAAGGUGGAAUGGUAUGGUAUGGUAAAUGGUAUCAUUGGGUAUGGAAGGUGGAAUGUAUCAUUGGGUAUGGAAGGUGGAAUGUUAUGGUAUGGUAAAUGGUAUCAUUGGGUAUGGAAUGCGGAAUGGUAUGGAAGUAUGGUAUGGUAUGGUAAAUGGUAUCAUUGGGUAUGGAAGGUGGAAUGGUAUGGUAUGGUAAAUGGUAUCAUUGGGUAUGGAAGGCGGAAUGGUAUGGAAGUAUGGUAUGGUAUGGUAAAUGGUAUCAUUGGGUAUAGAAGGUGGAAUGGUAUGGAAGUAUGGUAUGGUAUGGUAAAUGGUAUCAUUGGGUAUGGAAGGUGGAAUGGUAUGGUAUGUAUGAGCCGCUAUGCUACUGUCACUUCCUCCCUUGCAGUAGUGUUCCGACUAGACGGUGAAGCGAUGCAAAAGGCAAAAAGGCGACGCUUGGAGCGGGAGAGUGUGAGCGUCGAAGUUGAAGGAUAA